AUGACAGCAAGUCGUGAGCUACAAUUCGCCAAUUCGACAUGCCAACCACGAGACAUUGACGGUUCACUAAUCGAGUAUUGGGUCCUCUCUGCUAGUCAGCCAGAGCUAAGCCCCGAUGGUGAGCUGAUCAGCAUCAUGGGCUCGCUCACGGACAUUUCGCAUUUGAAGUGGGCACAGGGUCUGCAAGAACGAAGACUACGGGAGGCAGAAGAGGCGAAGCGUCAACAAAACGAAUUCAUCGACAUCACGUCGCACGAGAUGAGAAGUAGCAAUAUCCCCCCUAUACUGAUUGCAUUCGAAAUGUUCCGUCCUGAAAUACAAGCCAAGAACAUCGACUUCAAGUUCGUUCCGCAUCAGAGUAUCCGGGACCUUGACAUUGACUGGGUCAUUCUUGAUCCAAGUCGACUCCUUCAAAUUAUCGUCAACCUUAUUACCAAUGCCAUCAAGUUCACUAUGGACUCACCAGUUCGCUCAAUCACAGUUCAUGUCUGUGCUCAUGCGGAUUCGCCAGACUUUGGCGUACCAGAAGGAUUCCAAUUUGUUCCGCAAAGACAAAUCGUGAACGAAUUCGGAAACGGCGAGGGUUGGGGCUCAGGCUCGUUCGUCUAUCUUCGAUUCAAUGUCCAGGACACUGGAUGUGGUUUGUCGCCUCAGCAGAUAUCGCUGCUAUUUGAGAAGUUUGCGCAAGCUUACGGCGGUAGCGGCCUCGGGCUCUUUAUCUCACGCCAACUUGCUGAGCUUCAUGGCGGUCAAAUCGGCGUCUCGUCGCAAGCUGGCGUCGGCAGUACUUUCGGAUUCUACUUGAAAUGCAAACGUAUGAUUGCAAAAAAGCCUACAAUCCCAACGGAUACAGUGAAGCACGCUCUGGAUGCCGAACACGCGACAUCUUCGCGCAAAAUCAGUGCUGCAACCGCAAAUCAGACCUCCACCGCGCCCACAACUGCUACCGGUGUUGAAUCCCCAGUACAAGCGAACAUCGUCCGGCCCAUAGAUCACAAGAAAGGCGAAGAGAAAGACAAUCGACUCCACGUUCUUGUCGUCGAAGACAAUCUGGUCAACCAAAAGGUACUGGUGAAACAGCUCACGAAAGCUGGCUGCGUCACGCAUACCGCCGAUAACGGCGUCUGGGCAUUGAAGCAGCUCGCGAAAACGAAAUUCUGCGUUGCUAAUGGCAUGCCACUCACCAUCGUUCUCAUGGACUGCGAGAUGCCGGAGAUGGACGGCCUCACUUGCUGCAGGAAGAUACGAGAGAUGGAAGAACGGAAAGAGAUCACGAAGCAUGUGCCAAUCAUCGCGGUAACCGCAAAUAUCCGAGGAGGACAGAUGGAUGACGCAAAAGAAGCGGGCAUGGAUGAUGUUGUUGGGAAACCGUUCAGGAUCCCUGAUCUCCUAGCGAAGAUGAAGGCCUUGUUGGAGAAGCUAGAGGACUGA